AUGGAUACUGCCCUGCGAGCUACAGUGGAGAAGGACGAGCAGCGCCGGCCUUCGCCCAUGACCACCCCCACCCGCCGGCCUGAGGUCGAGGAGCUGUCUCCAGUCACGCGUCCUGGGCCUGCGAAAGCCGCUACAACGAUAAUCUCAGCCGUUCCGGCACCGACCAUGAUCACAACAGACCCCAUCGGCGCUGCCGAGGUCUUGGGUGCUUUCGACGACCACCCCGAUGACCGCUCGAGUAGCCUCAGCGAGCUUGGAGACGCAUCCGACGUCGAGUCCGAACAACCCACGCCGCUACCCAUCGCAACCGCAGACCUGAACGAGAACGACUCCGAAGCCGAGACAGAGCGCUUGGAAGAGACACCGCGGAAGCUUAUACGCACCGUGAUGGAUACUUCCGAUGCACUGUACACACGAACACCGAGCAAGUUGGUGCAUUCGAAGACUAUAGAGCACGACGAUUCUGCCCCGCACACACCCUCAGACGUCGCUGAGGACGAGAUUAUGGAAGACGCAGACGACGUUCAAGAUCCACUACAUGCGCUUUCCCUGGCAGCUGCUUCGGAAGCCGCAAGCCUCGAGCUGGCGGGAAAGAAGAGAAAGCGAAUGAGCGCACGAGGCACACCUAUCGACGACCAUAAUGACGAGCCCGCACGGAAACGCAGCGCGUCGGCAAAGGCCGCGACAUACAACGGCACAACAGAGGAUAUCAUUGAGAGCUCUGAGCAUGUCGACGCCGAGGAGGAGCUAGAUAACGCCGAGGAACGUCUAGACGAACUUGCCCGCGAGGAAAUCGAUCUGGAAGAGAGGCAGGCAAAUCUUGCCGCCGAAGCUGUGAGCGAGUUGGCUACAAUUGCGAAACACCCAAAACCUCGUAAAGGUGGCAGGAGGGGAAAGCGGAAAGCUGAAGAUUCAAGCUACGCUUACACCGAAGCUCUUGCGACGACUGAGACCGUCGAUGGCGAUGCUGAGGGUGACGAAAACGAAGAGGACAGUGCAACACUUGACGAAGAAGUCGCCAAAAAGAAGAGCGCAAUUGAUGAGCUUGCAAAAAUCGAGAAGAAAUUCAAGCUUUUCCGUGAGAAGCUUUGUGACGAGCAGAUUGCACAAUACGAGAAAGAGCUCGAAAUGCUCAAGCAACCCGAGUGCCAGCAUCCCGAGUACCUUGCGAUGAUCAAAUGCAUUGACGACCGAAGAGCAGACAAAAUCGACUAUGAGAAGACACUGCUGGAGUUGAAGCAACAGAACCUGGUGACCAUCACAGCAGCUCAACGACACCAGAUGCAUAGCCAGUAUUUCCAGACCGUGAGGGACGUGCGAGAAGACAUCAUAGCAGAUUGCAACAAGCGUGUGUUUGAGCUGCAGCGUGGCAGGCGAUCACUGGGCUGUGACGAGACUGAAUACAUGAACAAGCUUCCAGAGAAGCGUUCCGAUCAGAUCAGACAGCAGACGGCAUACAAUCUUGAGGUCUCAAUUCUCUCUGGUGUGGCCAAGUAUGUUGGCUUCCCAGCAGCGCCAGAUAUCAGCGCGGCACGACCUAGUGAGGUUGACGAGGAUCUUCGAGCAAUGAAGAUCGCAACACAUCCCACGUUACCAGUGCCACCGCCGUCAUUCCGUACCUAUAAUCAGAGGACCACAGCAGAUGAGGUAGCCGCUGAGAGUGAGUUCCUUGAGAGCACACCAUGGGCAAAUCCAAGACACCCAUCGCAUCAGGAGACCCGCUCACAGCAAGAGUCCCGUUUUGCACCAGGGCCAUCACGCGUAGCGAGCUACCAGACACCAGCUGGGCAAAGACGAAUCGUAGACAUCAAUGCUCCUAAUGGCUCUGCAUCGACGAUCGAAGCCAACUCGAACCCUCCGUCAUCCAACACACAUAACGCACACGGACGAACGGGAGAAUCGGAAUCGCCAGUCAUGCAGAUGAAACGACCACCAGCAGAGUACACUUCGUACGUCGACACACCAGGUUCACACCCACGCAAUAUGGGCCUUAUGGGCAGGGAGGCCUACGGGAUACUGUCCAGCCCUGCUGCGCAACAUGCCGAACCCCAUCUGUACGAGCCCCCAACGCAACGCUGGGGUGUGCCGUCUGGCUCACCGGCCAUACCUCCAGGACCGCCUGGCGCAAGAGCCGCGUUACCGCAGCGCAGCGGACUGGGCAUGCCUGUGGGCGGCGGUCUGUUUGGACGGUGA